CGUGGGAAGUAAUAUGAUAUAUGUGGACGAAACAGAAGAGAAAGAUGUUACUGAUCUCGACUUAGCGUUUGAACCCAGAGAUGUUCAGGUAAAAAUACGCAAAGAUGUUAAAGAAGAAUAUACAUUGCACGACGAACUAGGAAGAGGCAAGUUUGGUACAGUCUACAAAUGCACGGAAAAAAGUACUGGUCGAAAACUGGCAGCCAAAUUUAUCGUCACUCAUCGGCCGGAAGAUCGCAAAGAUGUCGAAAGGGAGGUAGAAAUCAUGCGAAUGUUGCAAAUGCCUCGUCUUUUACAACUGUAUGAUGCGUUCGACAAUGGACAUAACGAAAUGUGCCUUAUUUUAGAAUUAAUUGAAGGUGGGGAGCUUUUCGAAAGGGUGAUCAGUGACGAUUUUUGUCUAACUGAAAAGGCCUGCUCCAUUUUUGUGCGACAAAUAUGCGAAGGAGUUGAAUAUAUGCACUCAAAGAACAUAUUACAUCUGGACAUGAAGCCAGAAAAUAUUCUGUGCGUGACGAGGACGGGAAAUCAGAUUAAAAUAAUUGACUUUGGUCUCGCUCGCAAGUACGAACCGGAAAAGAAAUUGCAAGUCUUGUUUGGAACACCAGAAUUCGUUGCACCAGAAGUCGUCAAUUUUGAUAAGGUGUCCUAUACAACAGACAUGUGGAGUGUUGGAGUGAUAUGUUAUGUACUACUUUCCGGUCUUUCACCUUUCAUGGGCGACUCCGACUUAGAAACGAUGGGAAAUGUCACCAAAGCCGAAUACGAUUUUGAAGACGAAAGCUUUGAUAAUAUAUCAGAUGUGGCUAAAGAUUUUAUAUCUAAAUUAUUAAUUAAAGAUUUAACAAAACGAAUGACGGCGAUAGAGAGCUUAAAACAUCCAUGGCUUAGGAAAGGGGAACCGAAAAAGGAUACAAAACUGGACAAGACGAAGUUAAAACGUUUUGUUAUCAGGAGACGCUGGCAGAAAGCAGUCAAUGCUCUUCUCGCUUUGAAGGCAAUGGGUGCGACGAUAUGACACCAGUCUCUGUUUAUCGCUCAAUGUUAAAUUUAUGUAUUUUUUUUAAUUUUUCAGUUUAUGUGUAAUCCAUUUUUGACUUCCUUAAUAAUAUGCAAGUAAUAAAAUGCAAUUUUGUAAAACUCGCAUAUAAUGAACACACUUGCUAUUUUGUUUCACUUGCAAGAAAAUGCAUAUUACAUCUUACGAAUAAGAAUCACAUUUUUUAAUCUUGUUGUCAAAUAGCUUUUAAUAGAAACUACCGAAAUAUUUCAUAAAUAUCUUAUGAAUAAAUUUUCUCUUCCUCUAUUUUAAUUAUUUUUAAAAAUAUUCCUAUCCGUCAGUGGUAACUAUGCAGAUUUUUCCGUUUAUUGUUCGGUAGUAAAAUAUCUUGAAACAUUAGUUUUGAAAAAGUUUUUUUACCAUUUAAGAAUGCAUUUCUUGCAAGGCUGUGUAGUUCCCAGAGAAAGAAAAAAAUUAUUGAAAAUUAAAGUUCCAUCUCAAAACUCAAAGGAAGUUUAAUUAUUUUCCUCUUUAUAAAUAUAUUUUCCCUCUGAUAUUGUAAUAAAUGCUGUCUGUUUAUGCAGAUAACAUUAUCAUUUUUGACCACAUUCAUUCAUAUAUGAAUGAUUAAAAUAUUAAAGAUUUUUUAUGAUUGGCUGGAAGGGUACUUAUCUUAAAUUGGGAUAACUGUUAAAAUCUCAGCUACAUUAGAAAAGCAAAAAAUGUUAAUUCGAAAUUUUAUACUGACUAUUCCAUAUUAAAUGCUACUGUGUUCAUAUUUAUGAACAAAUAAUUUUGAGGUAUCAUUUUUAUAUUAUAUGCACAUGCAUAUUAUAUGCGAGAUUUUUACAAUUUACAUUUUCAAAGUAGAAAAAAAAGUAUAUUUUCCCUUUUUUGUUGUAAGUAGUGUACAAUGCUGUUGUUUGAAUCAUUAUUUUUAAACUAUUCAUUAUAAAGAUUUUUAUUUUUUCUUGAAAACAGACCUGUUUAUAUGUGGACAUUUAACUAUAUAUGUCUCAACAUUAACAAAUGUGAUAAGUUAUUA